UGUGCGGCCGCCUGGCGUCAGGGCACGGGGCCUCGGGCUUGCCGCUGGCCGCGGGGGCGUCCACGCCCUGGUCUCAGUGGCCCUGAGGGUUCUUAAUUAUUUGCUUUAAAAAAAUUUGUAUUCCUGGGGCCCCACCUGAUUUGCCCACCUAUCCGCUUUCCUUUUUUUUAUUUUUCCGUGGUUAGCAUUUGCUCUGCUGUUUACUCGAUUAUUCCUGUUUUUCCUGGCCUCUCUCACAUUCCUUUAUUUCUCCUUAUCUUCUCUCCUUCCUAAGGCUAGAUAAGAGUUCUGCAUUACCCUGUCUCCAGCUUGGCUGAACAGCCGUAAUUAGUACAAGCUUUCUUCCCUUUCCUUUUUAAACAUUUUUUUCCCUUCUUACUUCAGGUGAUGCCUUUUUCUAGUUCUUAUUAUUCUGACCGCUUUUGUGGGACCGGAGUCAAUUCUCAGGCCAAUGUCUGAAGGUAGAUCAUGAUUUAUUUACUGAAGGUGACCUCUUCUUAAGCUCAGUGAAGCCGCCAGAUGCGGGAAUGUUUGCCCCGUCUGAAGCCCAGAUAAACGCCUCCAUCCGUGAUAGUUAUCCUUGUGACAGGCUCCUGAGGCUCCUGGCCAGAAGCUGGAGGGGGUUGGCCAACAAGAGGGAGAAACGACUCAGCUGUGCUUCCUACCUCUGAUCUCAGAAAUGUCUGCAGACGGUGGAGGCACCCGCGCUGCCCAGGACAAGGAGAGAGCCCGAGAGGUUCCAGGUCAUGGGGAUCCUUGUCAAGAAAUGCUUUCUGAGUCGGAGGAGAUGGUGCCUUUGGGAGCCGCUCAGGAGUCACCCCACAUCAAGACGGAGCCGGAAGAGCCACAACCUGAGGGGGCACUGCAGGGGGAUGGGGCUCCAGGAACGCCGGGCUGGGUGUCCCUAAGCCAGGGCUCUAAAGAGAAAGCUCUUUUCCUGCCUGGUGGAGCCCUCCCCUCCCCCCAGAUCCCCGGGCUUGCUCGCGAGGGCAGGACCAGAGACCGGCAGAUGGCUGCGGCACUGCUCACCGCCUGGUCCCAGAUGCCGGUGACCUUUGAGGACGUGGCUCUGUACCUCUCCCGGGAGGAGUGGGGGCGGCUGGACCACGCGCAGCAGAGCUUCUAUAGGGACGUCCUGCAGAAGAGGAAUGGGCUAUCCUUGGGAUUUCCCUUCAGCAGACCUUUCUGGGCCUCCCAAGGACAGGGCAAGGGUGAGGCCUCGAGCUCGUGCCGGCAGAUGGGAGAUGAGGAGGAGAAGCCAGAAUUUCCCUGGGUCCCUCACGGAAGUCUCUCUCUUGCUGGAAACUCUCCUUCUCCAGGAGCCACUGAGUUGGGAAAGGAGGAGCCAGCCCCAUCCCUGGCAUCCCUGGCAGCCCUUGGGGAUGUGAAGUCUUUCAGAAGCAGGGUGGGGAGAGCCCAGGGGGACAUCCUGCAGUGCGGGCAGCAAGCAGGCAGCGGCCAGAGCUCGGGGCCAGCCAAAGACGAUGGGCAGCCGGGUCCCCUGGAGGAGAGGCAGGCGAAACCGACCCCGCCCGACACCAGCCUCGCGAAGGCCCAGGAGGGCCACCUCCCAGAGAAACCCAGAGAGGGGCGAACGGGCACCCCCGAGAGCAGCGAGGAGGGCCUGGCCCCCGACGGUGACGCCAGCAAGAAGACCUACAAGUGCGAGCAGUGCGGCAAGGGCUUCAGCUGGCACUCCCACCUGGUGACCCACCGGCGCACCCACACGGGCGAGAAGCCCUACACCUGCACGGACUGCGGCAAGCGCUUCGGCCGCAGUUCGCACCUCAUCCAGCACCAGAUCAUCCACACGGGCGAGAAGCCCUACACCUGCCCCUCCUGCUGGAAGAGCUUCAGCCACCACUCGACGCUGAUCCAGCACCAGCGCAUCCACACGGGCGAGAAGCCCUAUGUGUGUGACCGCUGUGCCAAGCGCUUCACCCGCCGCUCGGACCUGGUCACCCACCAGGGCACCCACACGGGCGCCAAGCCCCACAAGUGCCCCAUCUGCGGCAAGUGCUUCACGCAGAGCUCGGCCCUGGUCACCCACCAGCGCACCCACACUGGGGUCAAGCCCUACCCGUGCCCCGAGUGCGGCAAGUGCUUCAGCCAGCGCUCCAACCUCAUCGCGCACAACCGCACGCACACGGGCGAGAAGCCCUACCACUGCCUCGACUGUGGCAAGAGCUUCAGUCACAGCUCACACCUCACCGCCCACCAGCGCACCCAUCGUGGCGUCCGGCCCUACUCCUGCCCCCUCUGUGGCAAGAGCUUCAGCCGCCGCUCCAACCUGCACCGGCACGAGAAGAUCCACACGACGGGGCCCAAGGCCCUGGCCAUGCUGAUGCUGGGGGCGGCGGGGGCUCUGGCGGCCCCCCCACCUGCUCACACUUAGGAGGCCGGGCAGGGGGGAGGCGUGAGGGCAGCGUGAGAAGGGGUGUGGGAAGGGAGCGGGAGGUGCUGGCAUGGGGUGGGGCAUGGCAACACAGGAGCUAGGGCGAGGCACGGGCACGCUAGCUGCAAAUUAAAGGCCUUGGAAUUCUAGCCACCGCUUAUGCUCUGUCUCGUGGGGCCCUGGCGGUGAGUCCGACCGGGGGGCCUCCAUGGCUGAGGCAUCCCUGAGUCAUUGCUGUUGGGGCUUGGGUACUCUCUUUCCCAGCCUUGACCUGACUUGGGGCCAGUCCAGAGCAUCCGGACCCUAAGUUUACAAGCAAAGGCUUCUGGGCACAGAGGUUUCCAAACCUGAAGCCAGCCAGCCACUUCGGAGACUGUGGAUCCCCCUGGAGGGGCGGUCUGCUGCCACCACCGCUCCUGUCCCCAGGGACAUUGCCCCUGAGCCCAGGACCCUCCCUUGGCUCAUCUGUUUGGGAGCUGGAGCAGGGUUGAGCCAGCUGGGAACUCAUGUUCCUUGUCUGCGGCCCUCCCUGUCUCCUGUCUCAGGCACUGGAGGCCUGUUUUGUGACUGGACAUUUUCCAUGUGUUUCCACUGGGGCCUGGCCGUAAUCCAGUGAGGAUUCCUCCCUUACCAGGGACCACUGUCCCUCCUGGUGCCUUCUGAGGCUGCAGUCAGCUCCUUCUGGUACUUUUCACGUCCUUGGCCUCUUUGUACAUGUCCUUUAUAAUUUGCCCUACCUGC